ACAUAAAAUGUUUUAAAUUAAAAACAUUUUGUGACACAAAUUAUAAAAAUGAUCGUAUAUAAAUUAUAGAUGUAUUAAAAAUGUACAAUAAGGUGUUAAAGGUCUGUAAUUAUGAUACUUCUAAGCCUCUGAUGCCGGAUAGGGCACUGAUAAGAAGUUUAAUGGCUUAUAACUUUCGAGAUAACCACUAUUCCUCUGAAAACUCAACUAAAUCUAAAAACAAUCAUGACAAAAACUCUACUGUACGUCACGAAUCUCCAUCUCACGGAAAUUUAAAGAUAAGGAGUAAAGUAAGGUCAAUGGCUUUUAAUUCUCAUGGAACUAGACUGUACAUUGCAACCAGAGAUUCAGUUUAUCUGUUUAACGUUCAAUCUAUGGCUGUAGAACAUACCCUUCAUUUAAAAACGACAACUUUAAUCGCACAUCCAAAACACCCAAAUAUUUUUGCUCUUCUAGUUCAGGGCUCUUCCCACUCUAAGCCUUCUGUUAAAGUUUUCGAUGCUAAAUACACUGAAGCCAGGAGUUAUAAGGUGGAUUUAACCUUAAUGUGUGUGAUAACAAGCGCAUUUAAUGAGAACUGGUACACCGGAUGCUGGUCCCUGGAUGGGAAGUAUAUGGCUCUCGUGGAUCGAGAGGAUACUCUACAAGUGGUAGAGUUUGGAAAUUCAUAUAAAGAUAUGCAAUUGAAGGAAAACUCUUCGGUAAAACUUGAUUCUGAAGCCUAUGGAAUAAUUUAUACCAAGGAUUACUUGGUGAUACACAGAGUGGAUGGGCAUUUACAGAUUUUUUCUCUUGAUUUGAAUGAUUCUUUUGUAGAAAGGGCUCACUCACACAUAGUGACAGCCUCUGCAUUUGAUUCUAAUAGAAACCUUCUAGCCACUGGAGGAAGCGAUCAUGUUGUAAACCUCUUCGACGUUGACUCACGAAUGGUUUGUAUAACCACAUUUCCCAGACUUGAAGGCCAGGUAUCUAGCUUAUCCUUCUCCUCUAACGGAGCACUGCUGGCUUGGGGAACAAAAGACUCUGCACCUUGUCCCAUCGAUGAUUUAAGUGUGAUUGAUUCAACCUUGGAAUCCAGUACCUCUUCCUCUAAGGAAACCGAAGAUAAACCUCCACAGUACUAUCUCACAAUCGCGGGCGUAGACCCUUCAGAAAUAUAUUACCAACAUAACACACCCUCUCCUGUUGCCCAUGUUGCAUUUUCUCCCAAUAAACCGCUUUUGGCCUAUGCCUGCGAUUACGACUCAUUCCCAAGAGGGGGCAAGAGUUCCUCCCACGGGAAUCUGGUCGGAUUUUUACAUUUACCAUUUUAA